UCCUAUAUAAGGAAUUCCCAAGUGCAAAAACAUUUUGCAACCUACCAUACAUAUCAAAUUUGAGUUCCUCAUUUUGAUUCAUAACCCAUGAGGCAAAAAAGAAUGGCAGCCAUUACUCUAGAUCCAGGUCUAAGCCUAAAACACAUUGGCGAAGACGACACUCAACAUCCAAGUGCUGUGAUUGAGGAAAUCGAAGGGCUCAUAAGAGUGUACAAAGAUGGAGAUGUGGAAAGGCCUCAGAUUGUUCCAUUUGUCACAAGCGCAUUGUCUUUGGAGCUUGGAGUGAUAUCAAAGGAUGUUGUCAUUGACGAGUUCACAAACAUUUGGGCACGUUUCUAUGUCCCAAAUGUAUGCCAUGGGAAGCUCCCCUUGCUUGUUUAUUUCCAUGGAGGCGGAUUUUGUGUUGGCUCAGCUGCUUGGAGCUGCUACCAUGAGUUUUUAGCAAGGUUAUCAGCUAAAGCCAAUUGCUUAAUCAUGUCUGUAAAUUAUCGUUUGGCCCCUGAGAAUCCACUUCCAGCUGCUUAUGAAGACGGAUUGAGAGCUCUUAUUUGGCUAAAGCAACAAGCUUUACUUGGAGAUAGUGAAUGGUGGUCUAGACUCUGUGAUUUCUCUAAAAUCUUCCUAGCUGGUGAUAGCGCAGGUGCCAAUAUAGCCCACAAUGUGGCCACAAGGGUUGGUUCUAACCAUGGAAUCGAAGCCAUGGCUCUAAAGCCUUUAAGUCUAAAGGGUAAUAUAUUAAUACAACCAUUUUUUGGUGGAGAGGUCAGGACACCCUCUGAGAACUACAUGGUUCAAUCCCCUCGUUCAGCACUGAGUUUAGCGGCUUCUGAUACAUAUUGGCGAUUGGCUUUGCCGGCUGGGGCUAACCGUGACCAUUCAUGGUGCAAUCCUUUGUCAAAGGGGUCGAGUAAAUUGGAGGACAUAAGGCUUUUGCCUGCCCUGGUUUGCAUAUCAGAGAUGGAUAUAUUAAAAGAUAGAAACUUGGAGUUUUGUACUGCUUUGAAUAGAGCAGGGAAAAGAGUGGAAUAUGUGAUGUAUAAAGGAGUUGGGCAUGCAUUUCAGGUUCUAAGUACGACUCAGCUUUCACAAACAAGAACCCUUGAAAUGGUUGCUCGUAUCAAGGCCUUCAUUAGUCGAUGACUCUCUCUCUCUCUCUUACUGUACAUGUGCUUGUGUUUGUAAAUAACUUUGGUGAGGGAUAAGUUUAUUUUCAUUGGCACCACCGUUUCGUGAAAAAGUUGAGGCUUUCCCGGCCUUUUUUCUCCAAUGAAAAAUAUAGACUAAACUUUAGGCCCUCUAGAUGCCUUGAUUUGCAUUUUGCUGGGCUUUUGCAUGUUCAAUGUUGCUAGCUGAUAAGUAAAGAUUCUGUAUAUUAUUGCGUUGAUCAUUUUGAUGUAAGCAAUGAGUGUAUCCUGUAGUAAUGUAUUA